AUGCCUUCCCUACCCUUCAAGGUUAAGGCGGUAUUCGAAUACAAGUCCGAAGUGCCGGAUGAUCUGAACUUUGAAAAUGGCCAGAUAAUCACUGUCACAGAGGAGGAGGAUGAAGAUUGGUACACCGGGGAAUACGUUAACGCGGCUGGAGAGAAAUUUGAAGGCAUGUUUCCCAAGAACUUCGUCGAGAAGUAUGAGCCGGCCAUUCCUUCACGCCCGGUGCGAGCACAGAAACGUGUACCGGUUGUUCCAGACGCCUCCGAGCAAGCCCCAGAACUUCCAGGCUCGCAGCCUGUCCCUCCGCCCGCCGAGCAUGCUGAAGCCGUCCAACCCGCCGAGACCCAUCAGGAGGAGGAAUCAGAGAGAUCCAAGGAGUCAGAAAUGGGGCGUGGAGAGGGGCGGGUCGCAGCCCCGGCAGUGAGACAACUAGCAGAACAUGAGAGCGUCGCCCCCGUAGCGGAAUCUCAUCCCCCAGCGUCGGUCUCGAAGUCUCCCCCAGCAGUUGCAGAGAAGCCAAUAUCGAAUUCGUUCAGAGAUCGAAUUGCUGCAUUCAACAAACCCGCUGCCGCGCCAAUAACGCCUUACAAACCAGGAGGAAGUUCAACUUCUGGGUUUAUUAAGAAGCCGUUUGUUGCUCCUCCACCUAGCAGGAACGCCUUUGUCCCGCCUCCACGGGACACCCCCAUCCAAAAACCAUACCAGCGUGAGGAGGAUCCAAGUCACAGUGAGCCGGAGCCAAGAGAGACGCUGGAAGCUCCUACUUCUCAAGAGACGCAGGCAGACGAUCAACCCAAACCACAAAGUCUCAAGGACAGGAUAGCUCUCUUGCAAAAGCAGCAGUUGGAACAAGCUGCCCGGAAUGCCGAGAAGAAGGACAAGCCAAAGAAACCGCCCAAAAGACGCGUAGAGCCCACUGAAUCUACUGAGCAAGCCCCACCACCUGAAGCAGCCUUAUCCAAGGUCGACACCAAUGAAACUGUCGGACGCUCAUCUGCAGAUUUGGGCGAGGAGCAUCAUGAAAUGCCUCAUGGACCUCCACCUCGCCGUCCAUCCAACCUGGCCAGCGUCACGCCUCAACCUCAGCCGUCGCGUGAAUUGGUGAGCGACACCAACGAUGCCGAUGACUCUGGGGCUGGGGACGACGAAGACGCACCAGAGACCUCUACUGAAGAGGAAAGACCGAGAUCUCAAGACACCGGCCAACCUCUCAGAGAAGCUACCCAGGAGAAAUCCUUCGAGGAAGAGCCAGAUGUUACAAAUGAAGACGAAGAAGGCGAAGAGGGCGAAGAGGAAGAUCCUGAGGUUCGUCGCAGACGAGAACUUAGGGACCGAAUGGCCAAAAUGAGUGGAGGGAUGGGAAUGAUGGGAAUGUUUGGCGGACCCGGGCCAAUGGGGCUGCCUGGACCCGGUAGAAAGCCAAAGCCAACCGAGCCCAGUCGGCAGUCCUCCGAGGUGCAUCAACAGGAGGAAUCCCAAGAAAGAGCACCAGUGCGCAUUAUGGCUCUUCCAGGGUUGUCAAACGCUGGGCCGAGGCGGCAAGAAGAGCCUGUAGAGUCAGAAGACAGCGACGGGGACGAGACCGCUCAAGCUACGCCUCAAGUAUCUGCACCACAGGUUGAAGCCGAUGAUUAUGUUUCUCGACCACCGCAGCGACGUUCCACAGACCGUGCUGCUCCACCACCGCCUCCUCAAGAACGCGCGCCUCCCCUUACGCCGGCGCGUGAGACCCGAGUUGCACCACCACCUCCUCCUCCAAGCACGAGAGCCGUGCCUCAACCGCCUCAGUCUCCGACAUCUCGGCCACCACCUCCGAUUCCACAAGGAGGCUCUCCGACCCCAGAAGAGUUGUCCGAUCAAGAAGAUGAGGACAGUGGCGGUGUCCCUGGUGACAGUUUUCCCAACGAGUCGGCCGUUUCUGAGACUCUUGCCAGUCCAACUAGCAUUCCACCACCACCACCUCCGCAGACGAGAGUACCAGACCUUCCAAGGCUAGACACAGGCGAGACGCCCGCUUCUCUCGCAGCUGAGAAGCGAGCUAGUCGACCUCCCCCUCCAAUACCAGUCAGCCCGACAGUUGCGUCUCCCCAGUCCAGGGCUCCUCCGCCUCCUCCACCAGGACUGGCCCCUAGUCGCCGUUCAACCAGCGAUUCACGGGGUUUUGCUGCUGUACCGUCAUCUAGCGCCGGUUCAACUGACGAAGAAGAGGUUACGGAGUACGAUGGAGAUUAUGACACUGACAUUGCUUCAAGCGCGAAACACAAAGAUGCCUUGAAAUCUCAUAACCGGAACUCCAGUAUAGACGGUGGAAUGCUAACGGACGAUGCGACGAAGCCACCAAAGAGCCCGCCUGCUCGUUCUGCGCCUCCGUUACCCCCAGUUCCUGCACCUCGUGAUGUGCCACCUCCGCCCCCUCCUCAAUCUGCUCCCAGGGCGAGGAAAUCCCUUGAUGCUCCUCGCUCGGCUCCUCCGCCUAUCCCGACCGCCAAAGUAGACGAUGAUGAUGGCUACGAUCCUUAUCGAUAUUCUGCACCUCAACACCCUGCUCCACCCACUCAUAGUAAAAGUCACUAUACAACAGUGCUCCAAUCUCCGAAAGAGGAGCUUGAAGAAGACGACCUGUACGAUGCUACCCCCGUGCAAACUUCGAUACCACCCCCACCCGCGGAGAGAAAUCCUCCUCCUCCUCCACCACCGGAAAAGUCGGAAUAUCUACCGCCUCUGUCCCAUGUUCCGCCGCCGCUGCCGACAAUAUCGCCGCGCCAGUCUCUCGAUGCGAAAAGAGUCGGCACAGGCCCUAGGCGCUCGAUGGAGCAAUCGCGGGCCGGAAGCGAACAAGGCUUCAUUGCUCACGAUAUCGACUUAGGAAAGGAGACGAUGUGGUGGACUCAAGAAAACACACUUCCUCCGUCAUUACAGGGCAGAUCCGAUAUUCUGUACGAGAUGGAGACUUCUUCGUCGACCAAGCGUGGUGGUAGAACCGCCAUCUCUCGAGAUGUUUAUGUCCUAUACAUGGACUAUUCUCAGACCACAAUUAACGCUAGUUUCGAUGCAGCUGAUCCAUCCCACAUCACACUCGAACAGAAUCACGAGCGACCACCGUCCGCCCCACGACGCGACCAACUUGAAACUGCGUCGGGCCAGUACGGCGCGCAGAUAGCUAGGGCUGCAGGAGCACUGCUUGGAGCUACGGUUGGCGAUGGUAGCGCGCGAGCAUUAGUUCUUGAACUCCUCAGGCCGCAUCCUACGGCCCUGCUGCCAGUUGGGACAAGAGCUUAUGGCGCUCUCGUGUAUGCCAAUCUCGGCAACGCUUCGACACAGCAGUACGAUGAAAUCCGACCUGGGGACAUUGUGACAUUCCGCAACGCCAGGUUCUCCGGCCAUAAAGGGGGUUUGCACUCCAAAUACAGCGUUGACGUCGGUAAGCCGGAGCACGUGGCUGUGGUGAUCGAUUGGGACGGGACAAAGAAGAAGAUACGUGCGUGGGAACAAGGCCGAGAUCUAGAGAAGGGUAAGAGAUCCAAGGUCAGAGAGGAGAGCUUCAAGGUAGGAGAUUUGAAGAGCGGAGAGGUCAUGGUCUGGAGAGUGAUGCCUAGAACUUGGGUCGGAUGGGAUACUCCCAAGUCGUGA